CAGCGGUCCCACCUCACAGCUGCCCGCGCAUCCAGCCUGGCACCGUAUAAAGCCGCCGCGCCCGCGCGAUGCCCCAGUCCAAGCCGCUCCGCACGCAGCCCCAGUCCAUCCCGCUCCGCACACAGCCCCGAGCCCCCGCGCGCCCGCACGACAUCGAUGCCAGCGACCUUGCGUGGUCCGACCGAGAGCCUGCGCAAUCCGCCCCCGACGCCGACGACGCCUUCGACGACUGGGAUGAGCACGACGCCGCGAUGCCGUCGGACCUGAGACACUCGCUGGAGCGCGCGCGCGCCGACGGUCACCACGCGCCGCUGCUGGGCCGCAAGAGCGACGACGAGGGCAUCGACGGCCCGCCGCGCGCCACGCACCGCUUCCACGAGCGCGACCCGGGCACGCAGGCCGCGCUCGAGACGCGGCGCAAGUACACGUACGCCGCCAUCUUCCUGGUGCUGAGCCUGAUCAGCUUCACCGUGCAGACCGAGACGGCCGUGUACAUCCAGCACGAGCUCAAGUGGGAGAAGCCCUUCUGCAUGCUGUACAUGACCCACGGCUCGUGGGUGCUGCUGUGGCCCGCCCAGCUGCUGCUGCUGCGCCUGCAGAACCGCGACCAGCCGUGGGCCGUCUUCUGGCGCCGCCACACCCAGCUGCUGCGCCAGACCGCCCUGAUGGUCCAGCACCAGACCCUGCACCCGACCCCGCGCCAGGCUCUGGUCAGCCCCGUGCGCUACAUGGUGCGCAUGACCGCCUUCAUCACCUGCGCCCUGACCCUCGCCGGCGGCAGCUGGUACGUCGCCGUCAACCAGACCACCGCGAGCGACCUGACCGCCAUCUACAACUGCUCGGCCUUCUUCGCCUACGCCUUCAGCAUCCCCAUCCUGCACGAGAAGGUGCGCGCCUCCAAGGUCGCCGCCGUCGCCAUUGCCGUCGCCGGCGUCUUCGUCGUGGCCUACGGCGACACUGCCCCGGCCAAGCACGGCUCCAAGUCGGGCGGCGGCACGGGCGGCGACAAGGCCCCGCCGUCGCACGAGGCCGAGAACCGCGCCUUUGGCAACCUCGUCAUCGGCGUCGGCAGCGUGCUGUACGGCCUGUACGAGGUGCUGUACAAGCGCUUCGCCUGCCCGCCCGACGGCGCCAGCCCCAACAAGGGCAUGAUCUUCGCCAACACCUUUGGCAGCCUCAUCGGCGCCUUCACCCUGUGCGUGCUGUGGAUCCCGCUGCCCAUCCUGCACUACACGGGCUGGGAGACGUUUGAGCUGCCGCGCGGCGAGCAGGCCUGGAUGAUGGCCAUCAGCGUGCUGGCGAAUGCGACGUUCUCCGGCUCCUUCCUCGUCCUCAUCUCCCUCACCAGCCCCGUGCUGUCCUCCGUCGCCGCCCUGCUCACAAUCUUCAUCGUCGCGCUCGUCGACCAGCUGCUCCCGCCGCCGCUCAACUCGCCGCUCACCGGCGCCGCCAUUGUCGGCGGCCUGCUCAUCAUCGGCGCCUUCUUACUACUCUCGUGGGCCACGUACAAGGAAAUGGACGAGGAGCGGCGGCAUAAGCUCGAGGAGAGCCCGAGCGAGACGGACGACUAGGGAGGGGAUAUUGGCUGGGUUUGUUUAUGGCGUUCAGGGGUGCAUGGAUCGGUGUGCAUACAGACACUAGAUGGUGGGCGGCUUCUUGGUGCAUAUUAGACGGCGUUAGGGUCCAGGUUAGGGUCCAAGGCCCGCCUGGAGGUAGACGAAAGAAGGAAUCUA